AUGGAUGAACAUCCUGACAGUGCUCUACACUAUGGGCACGUAGGACGAGCUGUCUAUCUUCCCGAGGAGCAGGCUUGGACAUUUGCUCGUUCUUUCACUAGAUCCGCCCCGAUUCUGUAUACCGGAGUGACCAAGACAACCGUGUCCUCACCUUUCACUCCAGAUGAAGUCGAACCAAUACGAAGAGUUCCCGAUAGGGAUGCUGGGAAGUUGAUCACGGAAGUAUACCCAGAUCUAGCAGCAUCGUGGUCAUCCAUCCGCCAAGAACCUCUGUCCAAAGCUAUCACGACAGCGACUGAGCAAUUUGACCCGGAGAGCUCCUCGCUCUUCGAUAUAGGGUAUGCAGUGAAUCAACGACGCUAUCCCAAGAGGCUACCACCAGUCCAUAUUUCCGUGUCCGUGACAGGCGAAUGUGGAAAUGCACUAUCAUUUCAAACAAUAGAAGAGGAUGAUUUGGAGCUUAGUUGGCCGACCCGAGUAGCGAUGCGCGCUCCGUCAAUCACUGGCACUGAAAAGUCACAAUGGUCCAAAUGCGGUGCACCAAUACGUCAAGUUAACUUCGCGCGGCUCCUCGAUGAUGAUCCCGUCUUCAUGGCGGCUCGUCUUAUCACGAGCACCGUUAUUUUCCGACCUCUUUACCACUUGGAUCCCGUGCCCAUGCGCUUCCCUGAUAAUGCCCCCAAGAGAUCAUCUACAGCUCCAAAGAAUUCUCGACUCGAUGCAAACCCAGUCUUGGAAGUUUCAGUGGUGCAAACGGGUGGCUUCCCGCACGCCGAUGUGACCUUCAACCCUUGGUAUCAGCAACAAUUCGGCAUUGUCGAUAUCAGAGGCAACUGGACUGUGUGGGAAAUCGAAGAAGCUAAACAACCCACACAAAGUCAUUGGUCCGCUAGGGUUGUGAAAUCAGGCUCGUUGCCCACAUCAGAUACCACUUUCAAAGGUGGUCGCCCUCGGCUUGAUGGCUGGGCUUCAAUCGAGUGGGCUCACGAGAUCGGGACAAUAAUUGUCGCCAACCGUCGGAAUGUCGCGAUCUAUGCAUUCUUGGACGAUCAGGUUCCGCCUCGGACAGUCGAAUUGGGGAUGACGAAGCAAUCCGAGUGGGUUCUUGACCUAUACAUUGUUCUCUUUUCCCAGCUCACUCAUCUUGUGCAAGUUUUCCCCAGUCCUUUUAUAAGUGACGAAGAGACAAACUUCGUAUCUGUACCCGAUCCAUUCGUGAUCGAUGCGCCGUUGAUGAUGCAUAUACCCUCAAACGGACGGGAUACGGUACAAUUUUCAACAUUUCUGUUGAAAGAAGUUGGCCAUACCCCUUUGCAUACCAAAAGUCUCCACGAACCAGAUCUAGCAGUCAUCAAACUUUUCUGGAUGGAUUCAAAACUUGCAAUCCAUGAAUCUGUUUUCCAAGGCCCGCAGGGAGAUCCAGACGAACCGGAUUUGGUUUGUGAAAGCCGCGUUUUGCGUCUACAUAGGCGUUAUAAUCAACCGAGCCGGCCUAUCCCAGAUGAUGAUUUUAUCGUGGACGACUGGGACGAGCCAGAGAUGCAGCAAGAGUUCGUUCAUCCCCGCACAGACAGGGCUGUCCCCAUAUCUAUGGAAGAAGACUGGCAGUGGACUUUGGAUUUCUCUGAUGUAUAUGCUAUGGCGAUUGGUCAAAUCGAAAUCCCGCAGAAAACGUCAAAAGCAACGAAAAGGCAAAAGCCAAAGGCACGAACAUUUGAUGGCUUUAUCUCGGAUUUGGAACGCGAGAUGAAGAAUUUAUCAACCAAGCAAACCCUAAGCGAGACGAUGGUCGAAUUGAGCGACAAAACGCUUCUGACCGAAGAUCUCGACAAAUGCACAGAUGAAGUGAAACGACUAUUCUCUGCUAUCAUGCCCAAAGACCCGGACCCGGACGCUAGACAUCGGUUUCUGCUUCUACCGCUCCAAUACCAAACCGUCACUUAUGGCAUCCCAUCCCGACUGCCAGGUGAAGCAGACAGGGAUAUGUUGAAUAUCUAUGAUCGAAUGGUCGAUGAUUGGGUAUCAACUCUGUCCCGGGAUAUCCCUGUACCGCUGCGACUGGCAAAAGAGAAGCUCAUUCGAAAGAUCGCCGCCGACCUUCUUCUAUCCCAUCUCGUAAAAAUCACCACUUCGUUGGAUCGUGUGAUUUUGCCCAAACCAGCAGAUCCUAUCAUGGAUCAAAACGAAAAAUCCACUACACAGAACAAAUAUCUUCAAUCAAGCUUCUUCUCCCAGUCAAACUACCAUAUCCCUGCAAGCCAAUCACAAAUGACCAAUGGCAGUCUCGGAUCUCAACGGAACCCGACACCGAAACCAGCCCCUUCCAAGUACUCCGCAGUCCCGGUGUUCGACGGCCUCUCAGCAUUCACCACAUUCAAGAAACCACGCGCAACAGCAGAAAACGUUUCAAAUGUACUUUCUCACUGGUCAGUCGGUAAUAAUCCUUCCACGUACAUCUGGGAAAGGAUUGAAGACGAGGAGACGCGGCGCAGCGCAAGUCAAACGCCCAAACGAAAAAAGAAGCGCCUGCAGGCCCGUGAUCAACCCCUGCCUCCCACCCCAUUGGUUCCUAUGGUCCGAUCAUGGGGUACUCAGCCUCUUACGCCGCAGAUCAAUGUCAGUAGUCAGCCCGACGUAUCGAUGACACAGACCGAGCGGGGCAUAUUUGGAGCUCUCAACAAAACACACAACAUGUCAGACCACCAGUACAAGUUCAAUGUGACUAUGACGUGUGGCGGAUGCUCUGGUGCCGUAGAGCGAGUCCUUAAGAGAUUAGAAGGCGUCAAGUCCUUCGACGUCAACCUCGAGACGCAGACCGCCGAGAUUACCGCCGCCUCUACUCUUUCCUAUGAUACCGUGCUGGAGACGAUCAAGAAAACCGGAAAGACUGUGACUAGCGGGGAGGCGGAUGGUGAGAGCAAGGAAGUUUGA